UGAUCCAUGGCCCGAGCCGGCCGGUCCCUUGUGGUUUGUGCCGUUUCCGCGGUCAUCAUGAUCGUGGUCUCGGCCGACCAUGCACAAGGGUUAGGAGUUAACUGGGGAACAAUGGCCUCGCACCCUUUGCAUCCCACCAUAGUGGUCAACCUUUUGAAAGACAAUGGAAUAAAAAAAGUCAAGCUUUUCGACGCAGAUGAUUGGACAGUGAGUUCUUUGGCCGGGUCAGGCAUUGAGGUUAUGGUUGCAAUCCCUAAUGACCAGCUUAACAAGUUAGCUUCAAGCUAUAACCAUGCAAAGGAUUGGGUUAAAGAAAAUGUCACCAAACAUCUUCGUGAUAAUGGGGGAGUAGAUAUCAGGUAUGUGGGAGUAGGAAACGAGCCUUUCUUGUCUAGUUAUAACGGCAGUUUUCUCAAACCCACCUUCCCAGCACUCAAAAACGUCCAAAAGGCACUGAAUAAGGCAGGCGUGGGAGACAAAAUCAAAGCCACGAUUCCCCUAAAUGCCGACAUUUACGACUCAUCGUCAAACACCCCGUCCGAUGGCAACUUUCGAGACGACAUCCGAGACCUCAUGAUCCAAAUAGUGCGCUUCCUAAACGACAACAAAUCCCCAUUUAUGGUAAACAUCUACCCUUUUCUCAGCCUCUACCAAAACUCUAACUUCCCACAAGAAUUCGCCUUCUUUGAUGGUUCCAAGACCAUCAAUGACAAGAACACCCAAUACGACAACGUGUUCGACGCCAACCACGACACCUUAGUUUGGUCCCUUAGAAAGGCGGGUGUCCCAGACCUCAAGAUCCUUGUGGGAGAGGUCGGGUGGCCCACAGAUGGUGACAAGAACGCAAAUGUUGGUUUGGCAAAGAAGUUCUACGACGGAUUGCUAAAGAAACUAGCUAAAAACAAAGGAACCCCACUUAGGCCGGGGCGCAUAGAGACCUAUCUGUUUAGCCUUUUGGACGAGGACAUAAAGAGUGUCGCUCCAGGGCACUUUGAGCGCCACUGGGGGAUAUUCCGAUAUGACGGGCAGCCAAAGUUUGCGAUGGACUUCACCGGGCAAGGGCAGGACAAGAUGCUGGUGGUGGCAAAGGGAGUUCAGUACUUGGAGAAGAAGUGGUGUGUGUUGGGUAGUGAUGUGAAGAACAUGAGUGCUGUGGGGUCUGAAGUGAAUUACGCCUGUUCCAUGUCUGAUUGCACUAGCUUGGGGCCUGGCACUUCGUGUGGGGAGUUGAAUGAGAAACAGACAGCUUCUUAUGCCUUCAACAUGUAUUUCCAGAUGAACGAUCAGAGCGUUGAGGCAUGCGAUUUUAGUGGAAUGGCGAAGAUUGUCACCCAGAAUGCUUCCCAUGGAAAUUGUCUGUUCCCCAUUCAGAUUGAGAGUUGCGCCGAGAGGCUUGGAUUCAGGUCUGCCGUGACGGUUGUUGCAGGAGCUUUGCUGAGUUUGUUCAUGUUUAUGUAA